AUGCUCAACAACUAUGUGUUUGUAUACCUGGAUGACAUCCUCGUGUUCUCACGCUCUAUAGACGGACAUGUCCAGCAUGUGCGCUCUGUACUCAGGCGGCUCCUCCAGAAUGGAUUAUACGUCAAGGCAAAGAAAUGCGAUUUCGAUCCUGGCUCCUUGUCCCGCUUGCACUCCCCCGACGAGAAAGAGCCUGAUUCCAUACUUCCUGCCACUGUUACCAUCCGCGCACUCAAUCUGAAGCUUGAGAAGAAGGUCCAGUGGGCCACUGUCGGCCAACCUGUCCCUGAAGGGCUGCCCGCCACAGGGGCUUUUCCUGCCUACACACCUCCUUCAGUGGUGUCAGUUCCCCUUUUUUUUGUCCCCAAGGGGCAUCCCGAAGCUCCUGUCAUUUUGGACCCCAACACUGUUAAUUCUAAACUCAUUGUAUUUGAUGAUCUGACCAGUGUGAGAAUCAGUAAUGAGAAAAGAAAACUUCCCAAUAAUCCAGAAAGAUUUGAUGAAUUUGAAUGUAUUGUGGGUUCUGAGGGCAUUAACUCUGGCUUACACUGCUGGGAUGUUGAAGUUGGAGACUAUACAGAUUGGGAUGUGGGUGUGAUGUUGGAAUCUGCUAAGAGGAAGGGGCAGAUAUACUCCAAAAGUGGAUUCUGGUUUGUGUGGUAUUAUGCUGGUAAAUAUGGUGCACGUUCUACAGAGACAUUUGCUGCCAUAUCAGUAGAACAGAAACUCCAGAGAAUCAGAGUGGAGCUGGACUGGGACAGAGGAAAGCUUUCAUUUUCUGACCCUCUCACUAAUACACUUUUGCACACUUUCACACAAACAUUUGCUGACAAAUUGCUGCCAUUCCUAAGAGUUAUUCGCAAUGAAUCUCCUCUAAAGAUCCUCCCAGUUCAGUGCUCUGUAAGAGUGAAUCAGAUAAUUUAG